AAACGACGGACCACCACGCGUGCCUUCGAGUCCUUUGUAGACGCAAUUGGCAAAAGCCGCGUCCACACAGAUGAAUGCAGUCACCUAUCAUUAGCGAGUAAAAUCUGCACGGCGAACCGCAAAAUCGGUUUCGCUGCGAAAAAAGAAAAGCAAAAAGAAAGACGAGAGCGAGAUGGCAUCAUCACUGCCGACCCAGCUGGCAGAGACCAUCCAAACCGCACACAUCAACCGUCAACCGUCGCCUACGCACGACGUCAACCCCUCCACCGCAGCCGACAAGGUCGAGCCCGUUUCGACCAGCGAGAAGCACCAUGAUGACGUCGGAAGCAUAGACGGCAUCUCGGACGCGGAUCCGCUGCACGUGGACGACGAGGAAGAGGAUGAAGACGACGAAGACGACGAGGACUUUCAUGCACUCAACCGCCGGAGGCGGAGGGCCAACCUCCCGCCCAUGCCGGAUCUUCGGUUUGAGCAAAGCUACCUCAGGAGUAUAUCCAACGCGAAGACGUGGUACAAGGUUGCGUUCAUUACAGUCUGCGAUCAGGUUAUGAUGCCCUUGCUUCAAGGAACCCUUUACAACUUGGCUUGGUGCGGAUGGCAGUACUGGAACAAGACGGCUCAAAUACACGGCUCGACAGCCGGGGCUAGGCUGCGGCGGUGGUGGUACGGGGUCAACAACUGGAAGAUCCCCCCAGAGAGAAGGAGGAGACUGUAGAUUCUGUAGAUGGAAGUGUGAUUUCCUAGAAGAAAAAGAGCGAUCUCUGAUACGAUAUGUUCUGCCCUCGUCUGUGUUUGACGUAUCUAGGUUUACGUUCAUGAGGUACACCAGUGAAGGUGUUGAAUGUUGGGCAUGUUCACUACUUCAAGCCACUGGGAUACAGCGGUGAUUCAUGCGUAAAGGAUUGC